AUGAUAAUAACAAGAAUCUACGAAUAUGCUGAAUAUCAGUCAGAAUCUGAAUUGGAAGAUUCAGAUGAUGGAUCCUACGAACCAAGUUUAAAAACAGAAAGUGAUUAUGAAUUGACUAAUAAGAAAACCAGCAAUCAUUUUUCAAUUGAAUGGUUUGUAGGACCUGGAGUAGAGGAAACAUAUUUAAAUGCUGAAUAUCAGUCAGAAUCUGAAUUGGAAGAUUCAGAUGAUGGAUCCUACGAACCAAGUUUAAAAACAGAAAGUGAUUAUGAAUUGACUAAUAAGAAAACCAGCAAUCAUUUUUCAAUUGAAUGGUUUGUAGGACCUGGAUGGAUUGUUGGAACAAUUGAUGUCACAUUUGAAUUAAUGGAAUUCCGUAAUUCAUGUAUUGCAAGUAAAUCUCAACUAAAAGAAACUAAUGUCUCAAAUUUUGUAAAAAAUAGAUCAAGUGGAAUUCAUGAAUAUUUUGAUAAAGCUAUAUGGGAAGAUAUUUUUAACAACAUCAGAAGUGAAAUUGAAUAUCUUGAGCUUUCAGAACAUGAUGUUAUUGCCAAUAAAAACUUCAAUGAAUUUAUGCCAUGUAUUAGAGAAUGGCAAAAAACAAUGAAAAAUAAUGAACAUGAUUUGGUUUUAGAAUUCUUUGAGUCAAUUCAUAAUAGUCUUUCAGUGGACACAGAUAAAAACAUAAAGGAAGAUUCCUUUGUUCACAAGGCAUUGGAAUCUGUAUUAAAAGCUUUUUACCAAGACACUGCAAAUAUAAAACUCAAAUGGUCAACUGAUGUUUUAGAAGCAUCUGCUCAUAGGAAAAAGAAGUUUGACCCAUCACUAAGAGGCAGAAUACCAGAUUUUUCUGUUAGCUAUUCUUACAAAAAUAGAAAAGUUGAUUUAUUAGUUGUGGAAGUCAAACCACCAAACAAGGUUUUCGCUGAUUUAGUUAAAUUGGGAAACGAACUAAAAGAUGUUCUUGAUAAAGCUGCUGAAGAUGGAAUUUGUUGUAAUAAUUUACGUGUAUGUGGAUUGUUAGUGGAAGGUUUCCAAUGUUCUUUCUAUAUAAUGGAUUUGAAAUAUGAGGCGGUUUAUCGUAUUAUACAUGUUGGAAAAUUUUUUUUACCUUGCAAUUUUUACAAUCUUGAUACAGCUCCCACAACAAUUGAGAUUAUGAUGCAAAUGAAGCAUAUUUUUACACAAUCAGCUAAGAUAAUACAUAAGGAUUUAUCAGGUAAAGAUGAUGAUUCUUAUAUUUCAAAAAUGAAGAUGAUACAAACUAUGGAAACAAUUAGCACCAUAUAA